CCAGCAGCACUUGCAAGUUGCAAUUUCAAGCGUUAAACCUAUGUUACUAUGUACCUAAUCUUUAUUAUUCUUUCUACUGAGAUUUCAUCUCAAAUCUUGGAAAGUUUUAUUUUGUAAAACUCAGGCAACCAACAAAAGUGUUUUUACGAGUUUUUGAAUUCAGCCAUAGAAAGUGUAGUUCGUAGAAGUCAGAACUGCGCUCACCUGUUGGCUGUGCAAGGGCACGUUGUGAACUUGUCAUUGUCGUAUCGUUAUUCACGGUUAUGGUUGAAAAUGUAUUCGCAUCGCAUGGAGUUGUGAUUAUGGAUUUCCUGGUCUCUUACCAGUGCGAAAGAAUAUAUUAUGGAAGCCUUUUCUGUCCAGAUUCUGUUGUUUGAACGCAUGUAACUUGGAAGACUAUUUACUCGGAGACCGAAGCAUCGUCAGUUGGACAUAAUGGCAAUGAAGGCACCAGCUGAAAAUUACAUUCCCGAUGAAGUUAGAGAUCCCCGUACAAAUAUCGUGUACAAAAAGGGGAAGUUUAUGGGAAAAGGUGGCUUUGCGCGAUGCUAUGAAUUGCUGGAUACCAAACAGAAGACAGUAUGGGCUGGGAAAAUUGUGCCGAAAUCGUUGCUUCAGAAACCUCAUCACCGGGAAAAGAUGUCACUGGAGAUCCAGAUUCACAGAGAAGUCCACCAUCAACACAUCGUCGGUUUCCAUACAUAUUUCGAGGAUAGCGAUAAUAUUUACGUUCUGCUGGAGCUUUGUCGCAAUCGCUCUCUGAUGGAACUGCAGAAACGGCGGAAGGCUAUUCAGGAUCAGGAAGCACGAUACUUUCUUAAACAAAUCGUGGAAGCAUGUAUAUACCUACAUGGUCGUAACAUUAUUCACCGCGAUCUAAAACUCAGCAAUGUGUUUCUCAACGAUAAGAUGGAGGUGAAGCUGGGUGAUUUUGGAUUGGCUACGAAAAUCGAAUUCAAUGGACAGAAAAAGAAGACUCUAUGUGGAACGCCUAAUUAUCUUGCUCCGGAAAUUUUGCUCAAAAAAGGACACAGUUUUGAAGUUGACACCUGGAGUCUGGGCUGUAUUUUGUAUACUCUUCUCGUGGGUCAUCCUCCUUUCGAAACAUCGAAGCUGAACGAUACGUAUCAGCGUAUAAAAAACAACGAUUACAAUCUCCCUGCUCGUUUAACGAAUUCAGCAAAAAGUUUGAUCACGAUGAUGUUGAACCCAGACCCCCACCUACGGCCCACCAUGAAAAAGAUUUUGACGCACGAAUUUUUUACAAGUGGCUUUGUUCCGGCUCAGUUACCUGUGUCUUGCCUCACUAUGGCCCCCCGAAAUCUUGGAGAAUCCACUCGGAAACCGUUAAUCGAAGUUAAUGUACCAAACACCAACCAAGCUGCCCGAGACGAAUUACCACCUGAAGCUGUUCCCGUUGACCAUUGGAUGUCUGAUCUGCAUCAGCAGCUGAGCGACUUGAUUGCAUCGUUUGGGGAAUCAAAGACUACACAAAAUAAUGACCAUGCGGAAGAUCCUAACCAAAGUCCUAUGGUCUGGAUAUCAAAAUGGGUUGAUUACUCAGACAAAUACGGCCUUGGGUAUCAGCUGAAUGAUGGUAGUUUUGGUGUUCUCUUCAACGAUUCAACAAAAAUUCUCUUGUGGAACGACCAGCAGUAUGUGCAGUACAUCGAUCGCGAUCAGGUGGAGCACUACUGUUCCGUGAAAGAUUAUCCGGAAUCUAUGCAGAAAAAGAUGACUUUACUGCAGUACUUUCGAAAUUAUAUGCACGAAAACCUCAUGAAGACGGGAGAAAACCUGAGCCCUCGAGAAAUGCUUGCACUGCAACGACUUCCAUGGAUGCGCAGCUGGUUCCGUUCGCAUUCGGCUAUUAACAUGCAUUUGACGAAUGGAACUGUCCAAAUUAACUUCUUCAAAGACCACAUGAAAAUGAUACUGUGCCCUUUGAUGCACGCCGUAACGGUUAUUUACCCCGACAAAUCAGCCCGUACUUUCCGCAUGUCCCUCUUUGCUGAAAUGGGUUGUACGAAAGAGCUACAGGAACGCUUGACUUAUGCCAGGAUGAUCUGCGAAAAGAUGCUCCAGUGCAAAAGCGCCGGUUCGGGGAAGUUAAGGAUGACUGGAAAUGGAGAAGGAAAAGACAGGGCAGCAUCGUCUGGGAUGUCGGUCGCCGAAUCCACUAAGUAAGGUAUUUGGACGGAACUGACUUUUUUGGAAAUUUUUGUUUAAUAAAAAUAUGAGUUGCGUCGUAUGUUGCUCACUUUUAAUAGAUUGUCGGCAUUUGUGUACUGCAGAAUAUUUUACUGUGGCUGAAUUGAUUGCAUUUGAUGUUGCAUUUCAUUGUUUCUUAAUAGCUUGUUUAAUUUACCCUGUGCUUAACGAGGUGGAUGAGCAGUGUGCUGACUGAACAAACGCUUAUUUGAGAAUAUUAUUAUCGGAGUUCGAUCGAAGCAGUCUGAACUCUGAGAUGUCCAAUUUAUUCUGUUAAUGCUACAUGAAACAGUUCAAACG